CCGUAGUGCCGGUGGAGGGUCGUGGCAUCGGGUGCCAUGCCCAAGAACGGCGCCUCCCGUGUCGCUUGGUCGUGGUGACUACGAAACAAGGUCGUUCUCAGUCGUCCCGAGGGCUUAGCCAGCCUCAGGUAGUCGUGGUGACCUGGCCUAACCCGAGUGGUUAGGGUCUCGGACUCUGUGGUCAGCCGCGUGACCUCCUGCGCGAAUUCGGAUGACCUGAAAUGAUUCUACUUGAUGUUUUCGAUUUCUCUCUUCGGUCUUUGGCUAACUGAGCCCCAAAUAGAGUGGACUGACUCUGAACGGAAGGCCCGUGCGAAGUGAAAUGCACGUCUAGAUAUAAACGCACGAGAAGACAAAGAGAGUUGAGAAGCAGGACUGAACUAGGAGCAAAGAAACCUCACGAGGUUUUUUUUAGGGAGAGAGAGAGAAGAGAGGAAUAAAAGAGACAGAGAUUAAGAGAGAGAAGGAACACAUAGAUGGGAAAAUAAUAAUAACAGACAAAAGGAAAAAGAGAUAAAGAGAGAAAAAAAACUAAAAACACACAUGUAUUAUGAACAUGUGAUCUCAUAAUUCCUCGACUGUCGACCAAUACGCGUGUACAGUCUUCCAAAAGUGUUGAACUCGAAUCAAUAACCGAUUUUUGUGAAUACGUUACAUCCUGUGUCUGUCUGUAAGCGAGCGACCGCCACUUCGAAGUCUGCAUCGACGGGAAAUCGAACUUCAAGAUUUCUCGAACUUGAAGGGUAUAUAUAUAUUUUUUUGAACGACCGCUCGCGUCUGUAGUUUCAUCCGGAAUAAAAGUUUCUCCAAGACCGCCAAAAUGCCUCAGAAACCCAGAAGAAAGAGAAAGAUGAUUGUCGUAGACGAGCGAGAGCCAGUCGGAGAGCUCCCUCCGCCUUUCCCUCCCCGUAACGUGGAGGUCAAGGAGGACGUGGACAUGCGGAAGUACUAUGACCUCAAGAAGGAGAUUGGAAGGGGAAGAUUCGGCACCGUGUACCUCGUCACGGACAAAACGACCGGCCAGAAAUUCGCCGCCAAGUUCGUCAACACGAAGCGAAACCAAGAUCGAGCCAAUGUCGAGCGCGAAGUCGAGAUCAUGAAGCUUCUGAACGCCGAGCGACCGCACCCUAGACUCAUCCAGCUCUACGAUGCUUUUGACAUGGAUAAAGAGAUGUGUCUGGUGCUCGAGGUUGUGGAUGGCGGCGAACUGUUCGAACGUGUGAUCGACGACGACUUCGUCUUGACGGAGAAAGCUUGUGCCAUAUUCAUGCGUCAGGUUUGCGAGGCAGUUGAGUUUAUUCACUCGAAAAAUAUUCUACAUCUCGAUAUGAAGCCCGAGAACAUCCUGUGCCUGUCUCGCGAGGGAAACCGCAUCAAGAUCUGCGACUUCGGUUUGGCGCGAAAGUACGACCCGCGCAAGAAGCUCCAGGUUCUCUUCGGAACGCCUGAGUUCGUUGCUCCGGAGGUCGUCAAUUUCGAACCCAUUAGCUUCGGAACCGAUAUGUGGAGCGUCGGGGUCAUUUCUUAUGUGCUAUUAUCCGGUCUGUCACCAUUUAUGGGUCACAAUUACGUAGAGACGAUGACAAACGUGACUCACAACAAAUACGACUUUUCGGACGAAGCCUUCAAUUGCGUUUCGGACGACGCCAAGGAUUUCAUCGAGAAGCUUCUGGUGUUAGAUAAAAGUUUGCGGCUGACACCAGCACAGUGCCAACGUCACCCAUGGCUGAAGGCCAAGAAGCAGGUGAAGAGGAAGGAGGAGGAGGAGCUGGAACGGACGAAGAAGAACCUGAAAGAGUUCGUCGAGAGGUGGAACUCGCACCCGAACUCGCCUUACCUCAUCGGGACGCCCUUGACCCAGCUCCCUCCCGAGCUCCAGAGGAUCGCCCGGGAGGAAGGAUGGAGCUCGAGAGCCUCCUUCUCGUCUGUCAUCGUCGCCCCCCCUUCGCCCCCUCCAGGAGAGCUCUCGGACGAUGACGAGGACGACGACGACGACCUCGAUCUUAGCAACAAAGACGAGUUCUCGCACUACACGUUCGAGCAGAGGCAGCCAUCACCAAAACGACUGGCAAGUCAGUUAGAAGUGAAACUCUCGCAGCUGAAGGAAGACAAUGACGGAAGAAAAGAGAAAGAUCAGGACAAAGCAGGCGUGGAAAACGAAAAGAUCAAUAAGAAAGCCAGCGAAACCCUGCCAUCAGAUAAGCACAAGAAGGAUGAUAACGAUAAGCUAUCAGUAUCCAAACCGGAAACGAAGAAGGAAAACCUCGAAAAAGAAAGAUCUAAAACUCCUGAAAUUACGAAGAAAGAAAACGAGAAAAACAAGAAAACGGAGGAGAAGCAGGAAACUGUCGCGAAAUCAAAGGACGGUGAGAAACCGGCCGGCGGGUUGCAGAAAUGUAGCAGUACCGUGUUCCUGGACGACCCUAAGAAGGCCUACCAGGAGUACCAGAAGAUGGUCAACGAAGCAAUCAAGAAGAAGCAGGAGGAGAAGAAAGCUCUUGAGGAGAGAAUCAGGGCAAGGCAAGAGGAGCUGGAGAGAGAGGCUUCUAAAGAUUAUGACUGGAGAAAGACCAAAGACAAGAAGGACACAAGGGAGACCAAGACCUCCGGCACGAACUACCUGAAGACGAAGGAGACCGCUAACGUUGCUGAUGAAAAACGUUCCCGUGGAUCGAAAUCGCCCGUGUCAGUGUACUCGAGCACGAAAGCGACAGACGAACAGCUGGAUGAUCACAAACAAGCCUACGAAGACUACAAGAGAAGGGUUAGUAAGUCGGAGAAAGAUGCAAAGAAGAACGAAGACACAGGGAAAGCGAAGCCAAGAGAACCUCUCAGACGGCCGGAAAUCAUCGCACUUCAGAAUGAGGAGCUGGGAGGAAGCACAGCCAGACAGAGGAAGAAGUCCCUCUCUCGCCUGGACACCGGGGAUUCCCUGUCGGAUCGAAGUUCUCGUGGAUCGACGCCCAAAUCACCGGGAUUGGAUGGCGCCACGUCCCCCAAGUAUGACUUCGAUCUGGAAGCUGGUCGGUCCAGGAGCUCAACGCCCACAAAACAGCUCAAGAAACAGCCCUCGAGAGACGUCCCUCUCCAGGCUAAGAAUGCCGACCAGGAGGAGCGUCCGGGAACACCUGUGAGGCAGAAACCGUCGCGCGAUGUGCCGAUGCCGUACAUCACAGUGGAAGGAGAGGAUAGAUACUCCAGACCGAGAAGGGGUUCCCGGGACAUAACGCCAGACAGCCCCCUUCCACCGCAUCGCAAAAUUUCUGCAGAAGAACGACCGCCAUCUAGGGAGUCGCGUCCUGGAACACCACUGUCACACCGAAGACCCUCUAGAGAUGUCAACAUCAGCAGCGGUCAGCUGGAUCGCCUUGUUCAAGCAAGUGGGUUGGACAGUCCAGAGUUAACAGCAGACCAACCGCAAAUGUGGCCUGAUCUGAUUGUAUGUCCACAAGGUCAAGAUGAUGAAGAGUGUCAGGAUUACAAGGAUUCUUUGGAUGUCCCCAUUGCAACCUUGAUGAAAAGUCCAAGUGGGACACUACGUCAAGUUCCAGAAGUAACGAUUCUGCAGACAGAAAGUAAGAAUCUGGACUCUGAGGGGAAUUCUAGCGACCCAACUUAUGUUCCAAAUAACAAGCUUGUGGCCUGGAUCCUUGAUAUUGGCAACGUUCAGAAUCAGCGCCAGGCUCCCUUCUCCACCUCUGACCGUGUGUCUCAGUGGGAGGGAAAGGAACCCUCGCCCAAACCAGGUGAUAGAUCCCCAAGAGAGAAGUCGCCAAGACUCAGAACCAGAUCGCCUGUUCCAAGUGAUAAACACAGAGACAAAUCUCCUGCACAGCCUCGAACACCCUUCUUGUGUCCGCUGUCACGAGAGCCUUCUUCAGUAAGUCUAAAGAGCUCAGGGUCUUCUGAGAAUGCUUGCAUCCAAACGCCCUGGGGAGAGCUCAAGCGGUCGCCCUCUCGAAGCACACUCUCGAAAUCACCGUCCUUUGAGGUUCCUUCUAACAAGGCAAAGGAUGGCACUGAUCCUGGAAAUGGAGGCUUUGAUGACCACAUGUCUGUUGGAAGUUCAACGAGAUCCCCGUCACCACGUUCGUAUUCAAAGUUCCAUAAACAAGACUCUAUGGAAAUUCCAGAGAGGAAAGACUCCCUUACUUCCCCAAGGUUAACGGGCGAACUGCCUCCAAAACCUCCAGAAAAGGCGCAGAGAAGCUCAAAAGAGGAAAACCUGAACAUCAGAAGCCAAGCCAAGAAGGACGACUGGAAGAGUGCUACCCUGCCUAGACACGCGAAGCUGGCCAAGCAUGGAUCCACAGACAGCCUUAAGAAUUAUUCAACUGAAAAGAGAUCGUCUCUCAUGUCUGUAGAGGAAGGCAACACGGACAGCCUGAAGAGAAAGAGCAAGUUUCCUCCUUCUCCCAACCAGAAGCGGAAAUUGGGCAGCUGCCUCCUUUUCUCGGCUCAGGAUCGAAUAUCACAGUUCGAAAACAAACAGCCGUCAAGCAGGCCUCCCCAGCGGCCAAUCACUCGCACGCGCAGUAGCAUGGUGUUCACCUCAACCGCACAGGAGAAUGGGUUGGAAAACCGAUUAUCCUGUGAUGUGAACAAGAAUGCCCUCACCUCAUCCCUAAACUCGUCUUACACCCCCAGUAAGUCAUGUAAUAACACUCACGUAGAGUUUCUCAGGGGUAGGCUCUUAGGUAAGACUACCAAGACUACAGGACUACCGCCGGGGAUAAUUCAAAAUGUAGAUUCGGUUAAUAACAACAACAAGCGUUUUAGCAUUGGCUAUGCCAGGCGUGACAGUAUAGGGUAUGGAAAUUAUUAAACAGGCCAAACGAGUGGAAAAGAAUGUCACUAGAAACAAGCGGCAUAAUAAAUGCAUUAUGUGACGUCAGUUCUAUGACGCACUAGUGUAAGAUGAAAUCAGCACAUGAGGUGACGUUAAAGGGCCCUGCAAUCACCCUGUGGGUGAGCAGAAUGCAUAAAUCCUGUGUUUUUACGUUAACUUUAAGCAGAAUAAAUUUUGUGAUAUAAUAAAUCGAAAAUUCAGCAGUAAAGACACCGGUGAAUCCAAUCAGUAAGAAAGAAAAAAAUUACCCGAUGCUCAGGUUGAACUAAAGAAGAAUUCGAUAUUCCUCUCACUCCUGAUGUUUCGCGAGUCUGCCUCCUGUAGCUCUUCUGAUUUAUCAACUAUUCUAUAGUCAUCUUGCUUGUUCAAGUAGUUACAGAUAGCCUAGGAGCUUGUGUAGUUCAUUUGCUAUUUCUCCUGCCAACUUCUUAAUUCUCGAUGCUACCGUCUGUAGUGAACGGCAAUUAUAAGUACCGGGUAAAGUCUUGUAGCAAAUUGAGUCCUGUAGCUUAUAAACUAGUAGCAGUAGACUUUGUUGUGCAAUGCAGUCACAGUAUUCUGUAGGCAAUAACCGUAAGUGGUUGUAAUUUGUAAAGUAAAAGAAUUAUAAAUAUUUUUCUCCCUCGGCAUGGUCCGGUUAAAAUUAACUGUUGCGGUGUAAUGUUCUCGCAUUUGUACUGCCGCUUGGUAGUGUAAAUGUAUCAUGUUAGAUGCUUUUAUAUAUAUAUAUAACUUGGUUUUGAUAGAGCUGGACUCUUAUAGAUAUUAGUAUCUCUUUUCUUAUCAUAAUUUUCUGCGGUAUCGCUCCAAGCAAGGAUCGUAUUUUUUUCUAGAUGUUUUCAGGUAUAUUCAAGGAAAUAUACCUGUAGGUAAAGGUAUUUUUUUUCUCAUAGUAUGUCUCAGUAAGUUGUUACAUAAGUAUAUAAUGCGCCCCUAAAGAACUUCUAUACUAAAGUUCCCUCAACUUUUUCUCUUAUUUUUCUCCACUUCAUAUUUUUCCUCCUCUGUAAGGUAGAUGCUUUUGUUGAUGCCUCUUCCCUCAUGUAUUUUUUUCUCUAUUGGUUAGUUCUUGCACAUGCCACUUUCGCCACUUGGAGGUACUUCCCUCCCUGCUAUGCUGUCGAAGUCUGUGGUAUGCAUAUGGAUUAAAGAGUUCAACUGA